UUGCUGACGUCCCUCCCUCCCUCCCUUAUUGUCACCGAGGCUCUUCAAAGCUUGACAUAGGAAGGUUCCGUUUUCAUUCGUCUUUUUUUUUAACCAUCUUAUAGCAACAAAUAAUGUUUUUGACACCGCCUGGACACAGAGUUCCCACUCCGACGUGUUUUAUUUCACCGCGACAAUGAGAAGAGCCACAGGGCGGGUUGGACCGCAGAGAGGAGCCAGGGAAAGGACUGAGUGAGAGGCGGCCGCUUUCCUUUCUCACACCCGCAGUUGGUCAAUGAUUUACAUCCCGAGGCCGUGGCUGUCCGCCGACUUCCAGAAACUGUGUCUCAGCCGGGUUUGGUUCUAUUUAACGGGCUAAUUUAUCGGAGCUCAUUAAACCCCCAUUAGCUAGCUAACGGUGGGCACCAACUGCCGGUUUUUGCACCUGAAUCAGCCUCCUGUAAGUUUUUUUAUUUUAACCUCAGCGGUUGUUCGUCCUCGUCGCUUCAGCAUGAUGCAGCUGAAUGUAAACCGAUGAUCAGCAGGAUUUGCCGGGUUCUAGAGCAAUGAUCCGGUAGGGUCUGUGAGGGGGGGUUCAGGGGGGGAGGAAAGUGGAAAGCUAAUUUAGAAGCAGGGGGUGGUGAUUUUCUCUGGAAUAUGAGGUGGACGUGGAUGAUACCGGUUUGUUUUUAACGCAUCACUUUAAUCUGGAUCACCGUCUGGGUGACCUGCGCUGCCUUCACGGACUGUAGGAAUGAGGAUUGCAAAGGAUUGAAGCUGUCCUCCUGCUUCUCUUCUCCAAGCUUGGCUGGAUUUUUUUUCUCUCCGUUUUAAGCAAGUUGGGAGAAAUAAACUCUGCACGCUAUUUAAUUUAUCACCUGGAGGACUCACUCAGGGAGGAACAAUGUCUUUACGCACAGCACUGCCUGGAAACGAGCGGAACCAGGACCAUCAUGCCUCUCUGUCGGCCAGCCGCUCAGAUAAAGGUACCGGCUGGUCAAGCCGCUCGCUCGGUGCCCGCUGUCGAAACUCCAUCGCUCUGUGUUCAGAUGAGCUGCCACACAUCGGGAACUACCGGCUCCUCAAAACCAUCGGCAAGGGCAACUUUGCCAAAGUCAAGCUGGCCCGACACUUACUGACGGGCAGAGAGGUUGCGAUCAAGAUCAUCGAUAAAACCCAACUUAACCCAACCAGCCUACAGAAGCUGUUUCGAGAGGUACGCAUCAUGAAAACUCUGAACCAUCCCAACAUAGUCCAGCUUUUUGAGGUGAUUGAAACGGAGAAGACUCUUUACCUCGUCAUGGAGUACGCCAGCGGAGGCGAAGUGUUUGACUACCUCGUGGCUCACGGCAGAAUGAAAGAGAAAGAGGCCAGAGCCAAAUUCAGACAGAUUGUUUCUGCUGUGCACUACUGUCACCAGAAGAAUAUUGUUCACAGAGACUUGAAGGCGGAGAACCUGCUGCUCGACGCCGACUCCAACAUAAAGAUUGCAGACUUCGGCUUUAGUAAUGAGUUCACUGAAGGAAGCAAGCUGGACACCUUCUGUGGUUCCCCACCGUACGCUGCUCCAGAGCUUUUCCAGGGGAAGAAGUACGACGGUCCAGAGGUGGACAUCUGGAGCCUUGGCGUCAUCCUGUACACACUGGUCAGCGGGUCGCUGCCGUUUGAUGGGCAGAACCUAAAGGAGCUUCGGGAGCGGGUUUUAAGAGGGAAAUAUCGCGUUCCCUUCUACAUGUCCACAGAUUGCGAGGGAAUCCUGCGUCGCUUCCUGGUCCUGAACCCUGCUAAGCGCUGCUCUCUGGAGCAAAUAAUGAAAGAUAAGUGGAUUAAUGUCGGCUAUGAAGGCUCUGAGCUGAAGCCCCAUGUGGAGCCGGAGGAGGACUUCAAUGACAGCAGCCGCAUCGAUGUGAUAGUUGGGAUGGGGUUCGAGAGAGAUGAGGUCCGGGAGUCGCUGGUGAAGCAUAAAUACAAUGAGAUCACUGCCAUGUACCUGCUGCUCGGACGCAAGAGCGAGAAUGAAGGUACUGAGUCUCGGUCGGGCAGCAGUCUGAGUCUAGCUCGCAUACGCCCCAGCGCCAUCACAAACGGGACAAGCAAACACUCCACGUCCUCUUCUUCCUCCGGUGCUCAGUCUUCCUCCUCCAGCCACAAGCCUCAGCGAAGCGCCUCAACGUACCACCGCCAGAGACGUCACUCUGACUUCUGUGGUCCAGCUGCUCCUGGGUCGGCCCACCCCAAGAGAAGUCCCAGCGGCGUAGGCGAAGCAGCCGCCCUUAAAGAAGAACGGUUGUCCAUACGUAAGCCGAGCAGCACCACCGUGGGCUCCCGCAGCAUCCCGACCCCAUCCAGUCCCAUGGUUAGCUCCGCCCACAACCCGAAUAAAGCUGAGAUACCCGACAGGCGCAAGGAGGUGAAUUCAACAGUGAAUAACCUCCCUGCCAGUGCCAUGACUCGAAGGAACACCUAUGUGUGCACAGACCGAUCCGGCACAGACCGAUCAUCGCUACUACAAAAUGGCAAAGAAAACAGUACCUUAUCCCACCGCCUGCCCCCGGCCUCACCCUCCUCCCACAGCAUCGCCGGCGCCUCUGGGGUCUCGUCCUCCACUCCCUCAUCCCGUCUCUCCAGGGGAUCCACGGUGAGGAGCACGUUUCACGGAGGUCAGAUCCGAGACCGUCGUCCUCCAUCGCACGCGCCGCCGGCUUCGCCUACGCCAUCUCACGAUGCCAGCCCGCUGCCCCACGUCAGGAGCCGGGCGCCUUCCAACCUGCUCAGCAAAAUCACCUCCAAGCUGACCCGCAAGGUCACAGACCAACCUGAGAGAAUCAGCAGAUCUCCGGUCCCAAGUCGCCAUCUAUCUGGGUAUCAGAAAGCGGCCGAGCCCCGGACCCCCCGAUGCGGAUGGGAUGUGAGGGUCCGGAGCCCCCGGGAUCCCGCCGAGGUGGUGCUGGCAUUGCGAGAGGCGGCGCAGGGCUGCGGCUGCCAGGUCCAUCUCGCCGGGUCUUUCCUCCUGUCCUGCACCCAUGGGGCAGCCGGCGCUCGCGUGGCCUUCGAGGCCGAGGUCUGCCAGCUGCCCAGCGGGCAGGGCCAAAGCGGUGUGAAGUUCAGGCGCCUGUGGGGGGCGCCUCUAGCCUUUAGAGACAUCGCCGCCAAAGUGUCCAAGGAGCUGGAGCUCAGAGGUGAGGCAAGUAGGUGACAGACUGACGGACUGAGGAAGGAGGAGGAGGAAGGGAAAUAACUUCCUUCUUCUCUUCCUCCGUGGACUCCACAUCAUCUCGCAUUGCCUCACCUCCGCCAAAAGCCCCUCAGCUCCCAGACACCCCCACUCAAAGCUGGACGGAUGGAUGCAACAGACUAAAGCUGCCCCUUUGACCUGCGACCCCUGCUGAGAACACAACCACACCUGCGUAGCUUAAGGCCAUAGAGUUGGACUCUUACUUUUUUCUUUUCACAAGUUCAGAUGUAAUUCAGGUUGUUGUUGCUGAAAAUGAUUGAGAACGGUAACUUGUUUAUAUUGUUGUUUCUGUUGUUUGUCAUCAUUCCUUUUUAAAGAGCUGCUAUUUAAACUGUUCUUUUUUUAUUUUUAUGUAAUUAUUAUUAUUUUUUUUGCUUAGUGCUUUUAAAAUAGGAAGAUAUCGACAACUACUGUCAAUAUCAGAAUCAGAAGUCACAGAGGAAACCUCCGGCCUGUAGGGGGAGACAUGCAGAAAUGCAGGGACUGUCAACAGAUUAACUGAAGCAAAGCUGAAGAAGCCUCUUGGAUGAGAGGCCAAACGUCUUCUGCCCAGUUACUUAUACUGCUGCUUAAGCCUCUGGAUUUUGGCUAUUCUUCAGCCUUCCUACUGAAAAGUUUGCUUCAUUCUCUCAUCUAUGUGGUAAACAGGAAGCAAAGCCUCUUUCCCGUCUGACGUUUAACAUGUAGGGACGUAAAAACAAUCGCACCGUCAUUAUUUAUUAAACCAGUAUGAAGCCAAAAUAGAAAUGCUGUGUUGUGGAAAAUCAAAUAACACCCAGUCGCUUCAGCUGAAAACCUCACUUAGUAACUAUGUAUUCUGUUGUGUUUUUAGAUAAAAACUUUUUUUCUCUGUUAGCUUUUUUUUUUUUUUUUUUUUAGUCAUACUUGUUCAGUUUUCGUAACUGUCCCGGAUGAGCUUCAACCUUUAAGAUGGAAACAGUGAGUGAGGAUUUUCUCACUGAGCUGUUGUUUUUCAUUUCCAUGAACAUUUUCACCAUCUGACCUUUGGGUGCAUUUACUUUAUUCCCACAUACCUGAAGGUCUGUUGCCAUCUUAAAUGUCCCCAUAACCUUUCAGGUUAUGUUUUAUUAACACGUAAAAGUAGAUUUUUUUUCUUUGUUUUACAGUGAGACAAGGUAAAAAUGACCUCAGAUAUGUAAAAACUAACACAUAGCAGAUCUAAAAAUACACAAUUUAAAAAGAAAUCGUAUUACUUAAAGCUUUACUAAUCAAGACGGCUGAAUAUCUACAGAGUUUUGCUCAUAUUUGUAAACGCAGCUGGUGACAGUUGCUUCCAAAAGUCACUGCUGUUGUUUUGCCGCCUUGAUGUUAAGUUAACUCGUACUUGGAUUCCCCAGAGCAGCAAAGAGCUUUUUCUUCACUGUUAACAAAAAAUAGAAUAUCUAACUGCUUAUUCCCUUUAAAUACCGUGGAAGCAACAUGGUUGAAUUUAGUUUUUCCACACACAGCUUUCACCAUGAUCCACAGUGAUCAUAUAACAGCGUCAAGUUUUUCUGAGUUUUUUUGCAAACUUCAAGCUUGAUGUAAGUAAUUUGAUAAUCUUUGGAAUAUCAGAUGAUUUGAUUAUGUUUCAACUCUCCAGAAUUAAAAGAGGGCUUUUUUUUUUUUUUUUUACCAGAACUGCAACUGGAAGAUAAGCAGGAAAAAACUGGCUAAUUAAUGAUAAAAAAAGAAGGUUCCAACCAUGUUUACGUCACUCGAUCCGUCUUUCCAAACACUAAGCUCCAGCUGACCAUGAAACGGGACUUUUAGAUCAGAUUAAUAUUAUUCAUUACUCCAUUGACACCAAUACGAUUAACUAGGGGAAGCCAUAAAAAGGAAAAAUAUGACUUCACAUUUAAUUUUUAAAUAAAUAAAACUAAUUCAACAAUUUCCAAAAUAGUUUUUAAGCAGUAAAACAUCUUUUUGGGAAAUUCUGACUCUGCAGUAAUGGUUUCAAACUCCAGUCCUUGAUUGCUGGUGUCCUGCAACUAUUAAAUGUGUCCACUGCCCUAGAACAUCAGAACCUAAUGGCUCAGCUGAUUUGCUAGCGUGCAUUUCAGCUCUACAUUGCUCUGCUAAUGAGCUAAUUGAUUCAGGAUUGUUGGAGCAGAACCAUCUUACCAUUGCUGAACGCUGAUCAUGCAGGACUGGAGCUGGAGACCCCAAAGGCUCUACUCACUGAUUCAUUUACCUUAGACUGGUCCAGAACAAGUGGACUACACUGGAAAAAAAAUCUAAAUCUAGAUAAGUCAUUUUUUCUUAAAAUAAGUGCAUGUGUUCUUGAAUUAAGGAGGUAAAAUAAACAUUUUGCCAAUGGAACAAGACAAUUUACAUUUAAAAUAAGAAAACACAAUUGCAAUGUCUUAUUCCAAGUACAUUUUAUCUAAAUAUCUAAAAUAAAUACUCAUUACAUUGGCAAAUCGUUACAUUUACCUACUCAAAUUACAUUUUUACUUAUUUUAGAUUGUUUUUCCAGUGUAGUCGCUCUUUCUCUGAUCAACACUAUGUUCAGUGUCCCAGCCUGUCUUACGCCAUUGCUGAUGUGUUUUAUAAUUAUUGUGCAAUACAGACACAGAGCCAACAAUCACAAGUUUCAAUCUUUUUUCUUUCGGUUUUUAUCGUUUCUGGGAUGUUGAUGUAGAUUCAGCACUUUUUCUUCCAAUUUUCCCAACACCUCAGCCUCAAUGCCUUUUUUUUUGUUCGUGGAACAACUACAACUCCUUUUAAGAAUAUGGAAUCACUGCAAUAUCAGGAUGUCUGACAUUAUAGUGAAACAAAAUCGACAUUAGAAUUAAUGGCACUUUUCUGGAUAUAGUAGGCUUGGAUAUUUCUUUCCUUUUCUAAUCCUUGCUCUGGUUUUACCCAACAGCUCACCUUUUGGACUUUCUUUCAGUCCUUUGUAACAACAACAGGCUCUGUUUUCAUUUGCACUAGUUUAAUCACUGACUAAACUCGCUCUACAUGCUGUGGCUCCAUAUUUUUUUGCCAAGAGUUAAAAAUCAGAUUCUUUAAUUUUGACAUUCAAGCUGUAGAUUCUCUCUCCUUUUUGGCCAGACUUCAGGACUGAUAUUAAGACUGUUGUCUCAUUGGAUUAAAGGUAUGGAUCCAUGACUGUUAACAAUCAAAUUCCUGCUUUUAAAAGCCAAUUAAAAAAUAAAAAAUAAAAAAAAAUUUGAAGCUACACUUUGAUGCAACAGAUAAAAAAAAAAACUCUUAUUUUUUUGUUAUUCUUGCUAUAAAUCCAAACUCUUUACUGCAGCAUCUUAAAAACACUGACCUGGAAAAGUCAAUGUUUCUGGAGUCUCUGCAGGAAUUCUGUUUUUUGUGCGUCAAACCUCCGUCUGAAGAUGUGAAGCUGUGAUUUAGAGGCCUGUUAUGCAAUUGUAUUUUUGUUUACAGCUCUGCCUCGCCACCAGAAGAUGUUCUCAUCCUAUAAGUUGGGUUCAUUCUUCAGGGCCUCAGAUAAUGUUAAAUAAUUGAAAUCUAACGUACCGGCUCAAAUACCAGAAAUGAUCGACUUGCAGUCCUGCAUGUCUCCUAGGAUAUGUGUGACAUAAAAAUAAAAAAAAACUUCAACCAGUAA